CAGUCUUGGUUUUCUUUCCGUUCUGUGUUGAAGCGGAUCGUCGCGGGGAGAUGAGGGAAGGAUCGCUGUCUGAGAGGCAAAUACAUCGUUCCCAUCGUUAGAUCUGCAGUGAGAGAUUUAUUGGAAGAAAACUCCACGACUGAAAGCAAACCACAACUGAAGACGGGGGAACAUCAACAAGUGAACCAGCCUGAGUACUGAGAGCAUCAACUGGAGAGAACCUUUCUGAUUCGGAGAUUCCAGUGAUUCUGUCAGCAGAAAGUUUGUUAAAGUUAGACCUGCGAUGAGCGAUUUAUUGGAAGAAAAACCGCAACUGAAAGGAAACCACGACUGAAGACGAGGGAACAGCAACAAGUGAACCAGCCCGAAGACUGAGAGCAUCAACUGGACAGAACCCUCCUGACUCAGAGUUUCCAUUGAUUCGGUCAGCAGAAAGUCUGUUAGAUCUGCGCUGAGAGAUUUGUUGGAAGAAAAGCCCAGGACUGGAAGCAAAGAACAACUGAAGACGAGGCAGCAGCAACAUUUGAACGAGAUGAAAACUGAGGACACCUGCUGGAGAGAACCCUUCUGACUCAGAGUUUCCUUUCAUUCAGUCAGGAGAAAGUUUGAUAAUCACCGGCAGGUGGAGCAUUUCUGCACCGGGACCAAAGAGUAAGCAAAAAUCAACAACCAGGAAUCGUCAGUCGGAUUCAGAAUGGCUACAGGUGGGAAAUUAAAUCAGGUACGGAAAUUACUCAGGAGGUUUUCAGUAGGCAGCUCAUCGAGUGAAGAUGAUCGGGACACCGGAAACAAUGCACCAAAGCAGGGUGAGACUGAGAGCAAUGUCCCAGUUGAAUGCGGUCCGGCUGCAGAGGAGGAGGAGCAAAUUCUGCCCAGAGACAGUGAUGUCAGAGACACUGAUCAGGACCCUGGAACCAGCACAAGUGAGGCGACUGUCUGUCAAUUCGGAAGCUCUUCAAACAUGGAAUUGCCAAGUCUCAAACAAGGAGUGGAGCAUCAAAACCGGAUCACACCUGUCCUCAAAAUGGCACAAGGAGCAGGCAUCGGAAGAGUUCCAGUGCAGUCAACAUCGGGAAAGGUCACGGGUCCGAGCACAGCAAUCACUAAGCUCCUGGCAAGCUGGAACGAUUUCCAGCUGCUGCAGCUGACGGACUUCUACCGGGACAGGCUGGAGCAGGCGAUGGAAGGAGGGGUGCACGGAGUGAGCCUGGCGUUAACGGCCGAGAAUCAGUUCAGCGGAGAGGAACAUCGGAAAAUCUCUGAUCUCGCUGAUAAGGGAGAGCGGGCGGACAGUUCUAAACUCCUCCUGAGCCUGGUGAUGGAGAAGGGCUCCCGCGCCCGGAGGGUGAUGUGGGAAACCUUUGUCAAAAUGCGGAUUGGUGUCCCAAAGUUGGACAAAAUACUGAAAGAAAUACAGGAACAUGGCUGUGUACCGAUCCAUCGACCCGUACCGGAGAUUCCCAGAGAACUGAAAGAUGUUCAACAGAAACACAAGGAGACUCUGUGGGAACAAACUAAAACACUGAGAGUGAACACGAUCCUGAUGCGGGAGAAGGUGAAGGUUUUCCAGCUGGUUGAUCGAUACGCUGAGCUCACGGUCAUUUCUACUGUUCGAGAUCGGAGACUGGUGGAACACGAGCUGCUGGCAAGAGGCAGAGAUCACGAGGAGUGGAGAGAGAAACAUCUCGGCAGAGAGCUGGAGAAAAUCCGGACUGAUCAGCUGUUCCAGAGCAGCUUUUCCCGGAGUAAAUCCAAAUCUGGGAGUUCGGCAGCAGUGGCCGGAGUCCCGGGGAUCGGGAAAACAACAAUGGUACAAAAGAUUGUAUAUGACUGGGCCACGGGGACAAUAUUCCAACAGUUCCAGUUUGUCUUCAGUUUCAAAUUCCGAGAGUUAAACUCCAUUAACUGUAGAAUAAGCCUGAGGGAACUGAUUCUGGAUCAGUAUCCUUACUUUGGGAAUAUCCUGAGAGAAGUCUGGAAGAACCCAGAGGGAUUGCUGUUUAUAUUCGAUGGUUUGGAUGAAUUCAAGCACAGAAUCGAUUUUGCUGACUGUCGGAGAGAUACAGAGCCCAAGCACCAGUGCCCAGAUCCCGAGUGGUGGUGUGAAGUGUCUGACAUUGUGUACAAUUUAAUCCAGGGCAAGCUGCUCCCAGGGUGUUCAGUGCUGGUGACCACCCGCCCCACUGCGUUACAUUUAUUGGAAAAGGCAGAGAUCAGUGUCUGGGCUGAAAUCCUGGGAUUUGUUGGUGAGGAACGGAAGGAAUAUUUCAUGAGACAUUUUAAAGAUCAGACGGUUGCGGAAGCUGUUUUCAAACACGUGAAGGAGAACGAGAUCCUGUACACCAUGAGCUACAACCCCUCCUACUGCUGGAUCCUCGCUCUGACACUGGGCCCCUUCUUCACACAAAGAGUCAGGGACCCACAGAGUGUUCCCAAGACCAUCACCCAACUGUACUCCUACUAUAUUUACAACAUCCUGAAAAACCACGGCCGUGAGGUUGAGAACCCCCGUGAUGUGUUACUCAGGGUUGGUCAGAUGGCCUUCAGAGGAGUGUCCGAGAAGAAGAUUGUGUUUACAGAUGGAGAUUUGAUCAACUACAAUCUGCAGCCUUCCCAGUUCCUGUCCGGUUUUCUAAUGGAGCUUUUAGAGAGAGAGGAUUCUGCCCGGUGUGUGGUGUACACAUUCCCACACCUCACCAUCCAAGAGUUUGUAGCUGCAGUCGCACAAUUCCUGAAUCCACAUCCCGGGGAUAACCUGAAAUUCCUCACUGAAGCCCACAACACAACAGAUGGGCGAUUUGAGGUAUUUCUCCGUUUUGUUGCUGGUCUCUCCUCCCCAAUGAUUGCUCGGGGCCUGGAGGAGUUUCUGGGUCCAUUUCCUCAUCAAACAACCUGCCGGGUGAUUGACUGGGUGAAGGAGGAGGUUAAAUGCCAGAGUGGUAACACAUGGAAUGAAGCUGAUAAAAGGAGCUUCCUGAACACAUUGCACUACCUGUUUGAGUCUCAGAAUCGUGGACUGGCUCAGGCCGCACUUGAAUCUGUGGAAACACUUUCAUUCAGUGGAAUGACACUGACCCCGAUUGACUGCGCGGUCCUGUCUCAUGCAAUCGGACUCUGUGAUACAAUAAAGCAGCUCGACCUGGAGGGCUGUUACAUUCAGUGUGAAGGAAUCCAGCGGCUGGGACCCUGGCUCUACAAGUGCCAGGACUUGAGACUUGGGGAGAAUAAGCUGGGAGAUUCAGGAGUAAAACUGGUGUCUGAGGCUCUGAGGAACAUGGAGUGUAAAAUACAGAAACUGUGCCUGGGGGCUGUCGGUCUCACUGAUUCUGGUGUCGAGGAUCUCGCUUCCCCGCUCAGUAAAAUAUCAUCACUAAUGGAGCUGGACCUAGUUAGUAAUAAAUUGGGAGAUUCAGGAGUGAAACUGCUGUCUACGGUUCUGAGGAACCCGGAGUGUAAAAUACAGAAACUGGGGCUGAAUGAGGUCGGUCUCACAGAUUCUGGUGCCGAGGAUCUCGUCUCCGCUCUCAGUACUAACCACUCGCUGAUGGAGCUGGACUUGGGUAGCAAUAAACUGGGAGAUUCAGGAGUGAAACUGGUGUCUGCGGCUCUGAGGAACCCGGAGUGUAAAAUACAGAAACUGUGGCUGGACAAAGUCAGUCUCACAGAUUCUGGUGCCGCGGAUCUUGUCUCCGCUCUCAGUGCCAAACCAUCACUGACGGGGCUUAGCCUUGGUUACAACUCGCUGACAGACCGAUCUGUCCCCGCUCUCCGCGGCCUCAUACUGGCUCUCCCGAGUCUGGAGUGGAUCGGACUGUAUGGGAAUUGGUUCAGUUGGACCGGGGAGAAGGAACUGAGAUGUCUACAGGAAACCAGACCCAGACUGACAGUGUCCAUGUAAACAGCUGAAUAUUUGAACUUCCCCGCCCAAUUCCCAACUGUUCUAACGGAGCUGUCUCCGACCUCGAGCUCAGUGACAGCGGAAGCGAUCCCGUAGUGACGUAUUUCUGACUGUUAUCCGGCAUGUUCAUGACUCCCCACUUGAGACCCCGGGGAACUACAUAGACAGGAAGAGCAAAGGGGCCGGGGCUCAGUCUGGGACACCGGUGUCCCGGAGUGGGGGGGAUGAUCCCGGGAGAGAAUCCUUUUGCCCCCUUUGCUGAGGACGGUGCAUUCGGCAGCCUGGCCGAUAUAAUGAUAUUAAAUGGACAAAUCCCUCGGCAGUGACCCUGGAUCUGCAGCGAUCCCGGACACGGCCCUGAAGUGUGAUUUUAUAAUCAUCGGUUCCCCGAUGCAGAGUGACGGAGAGAAACGGGACUGAUUAUUCAACCGGUCACUCCUUGUCGCCGGUCAGUUAAUUGUGUGUGACUGUGAGUGAGUCGGGAGCAGCUUAUUUAUUCCCGCACGUCAGCAGUUCACACAUUGUUUAAUUUACAUUCGUCAUGAUGAAAUCAAUAAACCGCUGUAACUUCC